AUGGCAAACUUUGGUGAUGAAGACAAUGUGGAUGGACUGAGUGAUGUCGAUGACGAAGUUCCGGCACUGGCUGGUGUGGGGAGAGAGUUGCCGGAAAAUGCUCCCAUGGCAAACUUUCUAGAACUUGAAGCGCGGGAAGUAGCUGAGACAUUGAAAUCAGAAAGAGAUGAAGCCUUGAGAGAGAAGAAGGAAGCAUUGAAAGCUAUUGAGGAGUUAUCUGCUGAGUUAUUUGAAGCGAAGAAGGUAAGAGAUGAGGCGAUUAGAGCUAAGGAUUGUCUGAGAUCAGAGAUUGAAACUGCUGCACAGAUGUUAGUGAUUGGAAUCGAUAAGAUUUCAGGAAAAAUUAUCAAUUUUAGUAGCUUCGCCGCUACUGGAUUGCCUAGGUCUCAGAAAUACACCGGAUUGCAGGCUGUUGCUUAUGGAGUUAUUAAGCGAACGAAUGAAAUUGUUGAAGAGCUUUUAAGACGGAUUGAUUUGAGUUCAAGGUCCGCGCUUGAGGCUCGUGAACAAAUGGAGCAGAGGUCUUACGAGAUUGCUAUUGAGUUUUCACAGCUCGAGGCAACAUUGGGAGGGUUAAGCAGAGAGUUGGCGGAGAAGAAUUCUUAUGUUGAGAAGAUGGAAAAUCACGUGGCGCGGAAGGAUAAGAGAAUAUCUGAACUGGAAAGAGAUGUGGUGGAGAGACAAACUUUAGCUGAUAGUGAAGUCGCGGAUUUGAGAAAGGUGGUUGAUGAGUUCAGGGAGCAAAGGUCGUUAAUGGUGCAUCAGUCGCGCUAUUUGCCAAAAAUUUAUGACCAGCUAAACGAAGUUAUCAAGAUAGCAGGUGGUGAUGAGUUGGUAACAUCAUUAUUUCUCACGCGAGAGACAGAUAUGGAGGGGAAUAUCUGUGCUUGCUUACGAGGAAUUGAACUGAUAUAUGAGUUAAGUAAAACUGCAGUUAAGAGUAUGAGGGACUUAGCAGAUGAGAGGAAUCUUGAAGUAAAAAGAUUGAAUGAUGCAAUGUCCCUGUUACUCAAGGAGAGAGAUCAUAUUGGAGGGCUGCUAGGAAGUGCUUUAUCAAGAAUGGCGCCAGAUUUAGUAUGUAAAACUAAUGAACUUUCCAAGUCUGAAGAAAGUUUGUCAGGGAAUGUUGCUCUUGAAGGCGUUGGGGCGCCACUUAUCAUGGAUAAGACCGUCUCUCAAAUGGCUUAUUCACUGGAGAAGAUCAGUAAGCAAUUGGAGCUGGAGAUGAUCGAGCUGAAGCAUAUUGUUGACAAACUAAGGGAAGAGAAGUGCUUACUCACGCAGCAGGUAGAAUCUCAGGCCGUGGAGCUCAUCAUUGCAAACAAAACAUCAAAGAAAUUGAAGAGAAAGAAAGAGCAGCGAAUGAAAAUGUUGAAGGGCUUAUGAUGGAUAUUGCUGCAGCUGAAGAAGAAAUUACAAGAUGGAAGGUAGCUGCAGAACAAGAAGCUGAUGCUGGUAAAGCUGUUGAAGAAGAUUUUGUUGCUCAGCUAUCAACUCUUCACCGGGAGCUUGAAGAGGCAAAGAAAGCUGUGGCAGAGUCCGAGAAGAAACUUGAGUUGAAAGACCAGAUAGCAGAUGCUGCCAUAGCCGCAAGAGAUGCAGCUGAGAAUUCAUUGAGGCUAGCUGAUUCAAGGACUUCGAGAAUCAGAGGUAAGGUUGAGGAGCUUUCAUAUCAUCUUGAACAGCUUGAUAACCAAGAAACCUAUAGAUUUAGUCGAAACAGGCCUAGAUAUGUUUGUUGGCCAUUGCAAUGGCUCGGGUUGAAGUAUAUAGGCGUUCAUCGACCUGAUAGACAAGAAGAAACUUCCAAUGAGAUGGAACUUUCUGAACCCCUUAUGUAAAUAUACUCAAAAGUUAUUAUUGUUAUAAAUCAUACAUGUUUCA